AUAAGGUGCGUCGGGGUGUCGUGAGGCCUUGGCGCUGAGGACGGCGGCGGGCGGCGGUGUCACUGGGCUGGGGCGCGCGGACCGUCAUGGCUGGGGCGCUGGUGCGGAGAGCGGCCGACUACGUCCGCAGCAAGGACUUCCGGGACUACCUCAUGAGUACGCACUUCUGGGGCCCAGUUGCCAACUGGGGUCUCCCUGUCGCUGCCAUCAACGACAUGAAGAAGUCUCCAGAGAUCAUCAGUGGGCGAAUGACGUUCGCCCUCUGUUGCUACUCUUUGACUUUCAUGAGAUUUGCCUACAAGGUACAACCUCGAAACUGGCUUUUGUUUGCGUGCCACGUGACAAACGAAGUCGCCCAGCUCAUUCAGGGAGGACGGCUCAUCAACUACCGGAUGAGCAAGCAAGUGUCUGCGUAGCCUCGUGAGAGCCGCCCUUGGUAGGGACCGCACCAGCCACUGCUGCCGAGCCUCAGAUCCAUCCGCGUAAAUAGACUUGCUGAGGGAAAACAUGGAAUGCUGUGUUUAACGACCACGCCACCUUCAUAGAAAUUGCCGAGAGUCCCUGAACCAACUCUGUGCUGCCUUACAAGUGCUAAAAAUUUAUUUUCCUUCAUCAGCAGUAGCUCAAAAUAUGCAACUAAUUUAAUAAUUCUGAAUGAUGGUUUUAUCUCCAGUAAUCUAUAGUAAUACAUAUAGUAUCUUUUGGGAUUUGCAUAACAAAAACCAAAGGGAACAAAAUUUUGUAACUACAAGCACUUAUGCACUCAAAAUUCUUGAGGGUUGGGGACUUAGCUCAGGGGUAGAGCUCUUGCCAAGCAAGUACAUGGCCCUGGGUUUGGUCCUCAGCUUCAGGAAAAAAAAAAAAAAAUACAAAAAAUAUUCUUGACUUUUUUUCUUUAAUGACCAUAAUAUAUCUAAUAGUUGACCACAUAUCUGAAACAUGUUUCUAGUGGUGAAAAUGAUCUGUGAUUCCCAUGCAGUGUGUAUAUUCAGAGGCUGUAACUUAAUGGCAAUAAAUGAUUUAAAUAUUUGC